AUGUCAUCCGAUAAAGCAAUUCUGAGUCAAUUUCAACUUGAAAAUGGCUCUUUACUCGGUGGUCCUGUUGAAAUUCCAUUAACAGUUAAUAUUCGACAAUUAAAUAGCGUUGCCAAUGGGCUUGUACAAGCACAACAAACGUCAACAGACAGUAGUGACAUAAUUCCGUAUUCAUUUUAUGUGGAUGAUAUUGAAAUAAAAGAAUCAUUAGAGAAAUAUUUCGAAGAACAAACAAAUCAACAAGCUUUUGAAAAAACUCUAAAUAUAACUUGCGUACCAAAAGCAAGAUUUCAAGUUAUACCAGUUGAACGAUGUACAGCAACAAUUGAAGGACAUCUUGAAGCUAUUACUGCUUUACAAUUUAGUCCCAAUGGAAAAUUAUUAGCAUCAGGAAGUGGUGAUACAACUGUUCGAUUUUGGGAUUUAAAUACACAAACGCCUUUCGAUGAAUAUGGCAAAGCACAUAGACAUUGGAUUUUAUGUUUAAAUUGGGCGCCAAAUGGAAAAAUUGUUGCAUCGUCAUGUAAACAAGGUCUUAUUGGAUUAUGGGUCGGUGCAACCGGAAAACAAUAUGGCACUAAAUUAUUAUCCGGUCAUCGUCAAUGGAUUAAUUCCUUAAGUUGGCAACCAUUACAUUUGAAUGGUUCCUGUCGUCUGUUAGCUUCUGGCAGUAAAGAUGCAACAAUUAAAAUUUGGGAUACACACCUAUUCAAAGCUGUUUUGACUCUCAGUAGCCAUACAGCAUCGGUAACAUGCAUCAAAUGGGGUGGUCAAAAUUUACUUUAUUCAGCAUCACAAGAUCGUACGAUUAAAGUUUGGCGUACAACCGAUGGUAUUCUAUGUCGUACAUUAGAUGGACAUGCACACUGGGUUAAUACACUUGCAUUAUCAACAGAUUAUGUUUUACGAACGGGUGCUUAUGAACCAUCAAAAGAAAGUUCAAAUGUAGAUCUAGAUAAUUUAGAUGAUGUUGCAUUACAAACAAUGGCACUUGAAAGAUAUGAAAAAGUCUAUAGUAUUUUCGAUACAAAUGGUGGUGAACGGCUUGUAUCGGGCUCAGAUGAUUUUACACUUUAUUUAUGGAAACCUGAAACUGAUAAAAAGCCAUUAGCCCGUAUGACGGGUCAUCAACAAUUAAUCAAUGAUGUAAAAUUUUCGCCUGAUACUCGUCUUUUAGCAUCAGCAAGUUUCGAUAAAUCAAUUAAAUUAUGGUCAAGUCGUACCGGUGCUUUUCUUUCAACAUUACGUGGACACGUGCAAGCUGUUUAUCAAAUAGCAUGGUCAGCCGAUUCCCGUUUACUGGUGUCGGGUAGUGCUGAUAGUACAUUAAAAGUUUGGAAUAUUGAAAAACGUUGUAUUCUUUUUGAUUUACCCGGUCAUGCUGAUGAAAUUUAUGCAGUCGAUUAUAGUCCGGACGGACAAAAGGUUGCUAGCGGUGGAAAAGAUAAAUCUUUGAAACUAUGGAGAAGAUAA